AUGGACAGCAAUACAUCUAUAAAGAAGAAAGCAUUAAAACCUAAGGGAUGUGAAGGUGACAAUAGGAAGAAGACUGUGGCCAAGGAUCAUACAGCUCGUGACAAUGAUGAAGCAAUUAAAACGACCGAAGAAGAAAUAGAUAAAGCUUAUAAUACUGUAAUUCGUGUCUUUGCAACUGCUAAGGGGUCUUGCCAUAGAGAGUACAAGUUAUCGACCGUAUUAUUCAAAAUUAGAGGCCAAUCAAGAAGGAUGACAAGGCGCUGCACACGUAAAAAUAUGCACAAAAACACGAAGGGAAUUGUCUCAACAAUUGGAACUAUCCCGAUAGAGCUUGCCAGUGACAUUAUGGCUCGAGUAGCAGCGAAUUCAUUAACCGAUAUAGCUAACGUUAAGUUAAGGUUUGAGCGAGAGUCUGGAUGCCGAGGCUUGGUUGAGAGAGAAAAUGCAGCAUCAGGAUCCACUUCCGAAAUAUGCAAACCCAGUUCUUUUGUCUGCGGACAUAAGGAAAAAAAAACUGAAGUUCUUUGCAGGUCUUGUAGGCCGACAAUGACAAAACCAAUGCCAGUGAAGCCAACUACUCCCGAAACACCCUCGCUAGCAUCCUCUCAAGGAGAUGGUUCACAAUCUCAAGGUGCAGAGAACCCGAAUUCAAAUCCCAACCGGAACUCUGGUGCAACUGAGACUACUGGAACAGAAAACCGAUAA